AUGGCCGUCCCCGGGAUCUUCACGGUGAACUACACCUGCCAGGACAGCUACGGCCUCAUCGACACCGCCACAAGAGAGGUGCGGAUUCGGGACUGGCAGAGCAUGGCGCUCAUUGGCCCCAACCCCUUCAAGAUGUUGAGGGGCGACGCUUUCGCUGAUCCGGAGGUUUGCUGCUUGGACUUCGAGGGCACGGCCCUCACCUGGGUGAAGUUCGGCACGGUGGACCCCGACACCGCGGGCAUCUACGAGAUGAGCUAUACCUGUGUGGAUCCGCUGAUCAACACCAUGGUCACCAUCAAGCGCGAGGUUUGGGUGAACACGCCGCCGUCCAUGUUUUUGCUGGGCGACGCUUCCGUGAAGAUCACCAAGGGCACGGGCUACGAAGACGCCGGCGUGGUUUGCCAAGACUCAGAGGAUGGGCUCAUCUCGCCGCUUCUUCCGAACAACGAGGAGAUCAUCGUCCCAGCGCGGAUCUACACCUCCGCAGCGCUAGCCUUCGCCACGAACCGCGCGGCCGCGGACGGCGGCGCCAGCACCGCCUGCGGCAACUGCCAGGAGGUGGCCACAGGCCACGUGCGCUGGGUGAUGCUGGACUUGGGCGCGGCGCGCAGCGUCACGGAGGUGCGCGUCAACACCCCGGAAGCCGGGUUUCGAGUUCACGUGGCUCUUCUGCCGUGGCCGAUCCAGGGCACGGAAAACGCGACCCUGUACGCGAGCACGACAGGCACUUGCAGCAGUGUGGCCAAACAGGAAAUCUGGGACCUGGAGCUGUGCCAGCGCGCCGCCGAGCACCUCACCUUGAGCGUCACCUCAGCCGCCGCUUUCAGCUCCGCCACCGGCUCCGCCCACGCCUGCGUCUAUGACAGCUCCGACAAGAGCCUCAAGAUUCAGCUGGGGGACGCGCGGGGCACUUAUGGAGCUGGGCUCAGCGGCAAGAGCGCCACGGCGGAGGCCACGCUGAGCGGCACGCAGACGCGGAUCUGCGGGCCGCUGGCGCCCUACACGCGGAUACAGGCGGGCUUCUGCGAGGAUGUCGGCUAUCAGCCCAUCCGCACUGCAGUGCGAUGCGGUAUGGCGGCGAGAAGUCUGGGCCUCACCAUGAACGCCCACAGCUCCACCGCCUCUGCAGUGGCGCCGGGAGGAUGCUACCUCUACAGCUCGGAUUGGAGUAUCCGACUGAACCAAGCGCAAGGCUCCAAGGAGCAGCUGGGCACGGGAAGAGAACUGAGCUUAUAG